AUGCCUGUCGAAUACCGCAAGCUUGGAAAGUCUGGGUUGAGAGUAUCGGUUCCGAUUUUGGGAUGCAUGUCUUUUGGCUCUUCGGAGUGGGCGCCGUGGGUGCUCGAUAAGGAGGAGUCGCUUCCUAUUUUCAAGAAAGCCUAUGACUUGGGAAUUACCACGUGGGAUACCGCCAACAUGUACUCCAACGGAGAAUCCGAAGUUAUCGUCGCCGAAGCGAUCGAGAAAUACAAUAUCCCCCGUGAAGAGAUUGUCAUCAUGACCAAGUGCUACAACCCCGUCAACAAGACGAGCAAGGCCCGCGUUGAGGGUAACGUGUUCAACACCCGCCAGUACCUCAACCAAGUCGGUCUUUCGCGCGCCGCUAUCUUCAACCAGGUAAACGACUCGCUGAAGCGUCUCAAGACCGACUACAUCGACGUCCUGCAGAUCCAUCGCUACGACAAGUCCGUCGAGCCCGAGGAGAUCAUGGAGGCGCUCAAUGACCUUGUCCGGUCUGGGAAAGUGCGCUACAUCGGCGCUAGCAGCAUGUGGACUUAUGAGUUUGCACAACUGCAGCACGUGGCGGAGAAGAACGGAUGGGCGCAAUUCAUCUCCAUGCAGGAUUGCUAUAACCUUCUUUACCGCGAGGAAGAGCGCGAGAUGAUUCCGUACUGCAAACUCACCGGCGUCGGCUUGAUCCCGUGGUCUCCUCUUGCGCGCGGUCAUCUCGCUCGUUCGUUGAGCGAGACCUCGGUCCGCAAGGAUUUCAUCACAAAGCACCCGGGUAUCAACGAGCAAGCGAACGAGCCUGCUGUGGUCGAGAUCAUCAACCGUGUUGAGAAAAUCGCAAAGGAGAAGGGUUGGCUGAUGAGCGAUGUCGCGUUGGCGUGGAUCAAUGGAAAGGUCACGAGUCCUAUCGUUGGUGUGAACAGCGUCGAACGAUUGGAGCAGGUCGCUAACUUCAAUGGUAAAUCCUUGACUGAAGAGGAAGUGAAGUUCCUCGAGGCGCCUUACGUUCCCCGUAAGGUCAACGGUCAUGUUUGAGCCAGUAGCUGUAGCCUAUAUUUUGGUACUUGUUUGCCUUACAUUGGUUUUCACGUCAUUUCAGUCUUGGUGUAUAACCGUUACUCUGUUUAUGGU